GUUAUUUUUAGGUGUCGGAGAUAGACAUAGAAGACAAGCCUCUUUGUCUUCCUCACCUGGAGCAAAAAAGGAAGAGAAAAAAAAGAAGAAACAUUAAACUCUUCAACAUCGACCUCAUGCCAGGCACAUCAAUCAAGCAAUCAACCUCAACUCCUAUCAUCCGUGCUCGGCAAAACAAGCACCACCUAGUUAUAAUCUAUUCAUCGCAAGGUCUCUAGCGGGUAGUAGAUAUCGUCAGGGAAAUACUUUGAAAGCUGCCGAAUAGAUUCGGGUCUUCAUAGGCACUUAGUCCAGCGACCGCAACCAAACUAGAAAGAAGAUGCCUUUGCCAGUUCUGCCAGCGUCCAUGGCUGUCAAGGCCAUGGCCAGUAUCACCGGUGCGGCUGCCGCGGCGAAUCAGACCUCCCAGUAUGCGAAUUUAGCCGCUCAGAAUGUGGAUCUCGCCAUUGACCAGUUUAAUAAUGCGAUGGCAAAUUGGGAAAGCUACAUCUAUGGCGCGCCGGUCUCAAGUAUUCCCGCGCCCGGGCGUCGAUCCCCGGUCGGGCAGGCGCCGCUAGCCAUAAUUCCCGACCAAGUCGCUGUUUCAUCAAUGAUGCCUCUGGGUGGACCAGCUGCUGCAACAAGGUUAGGAACUGCCAUGCUUAGCGUAAUGAGUGCACUGUGGCGCACUCUGGAGGGAAAACACAUUCUGGAGGAUGAGGAGGAUGAAGAGGGCGCCGUAUUGUUGUUUGCGCACGAACUUUUAGACACAAACAAAGAGCCAGCGUCCUCUGAUGAAGAUGGUGCCCUUUCUUGUUCAACAAGAGAAAUAUCGGAAACUAGUCAAAAACAAAAGGGACGAAUCUAUCCUGUGCGAGCCUUUAGAAGAAGAGCUGCUAAAGCUCUCAGCGAUUCUCAUGCAGCAGACGAUGGUGCAACAGCCGAUAAUUUCUUGUCAAAUUGCUACAUAGUCCAAGUAAGCUGCAAUCAAUUCUAUCGAAAGGUGAAAGAUCUAUCCAGUCAUGAAAACAUUUAUGAUAUUCACAAAAAUAAUACCCUGGUAUCCGAUGCGGACGCUUCCUAUAAUUCCUUCUUUUGAACCCUCGAUAACGCAUAGUUUUUGCCCCUUCUUGUUUAUGCUGAAAAAGGUAAUAGUGGCAAUGUUACAACUGGUCCCACAACCCCAUUUUACACUGUUGAGUCAAGCCACUUUCAAACAUGUUGAGUGUGAGAAGGACGACAUGAAAUUUAUAGAUACCACAGAGUCGCUGCGGCUGUGAAAAGCUAAUAGUAAUAGAUAAUAUUACAACUUAGGACACUCCGCGUGCGCGUCCGCUAACUUUCUGUUUUUUCUCGCGGAGAUACAG